AUGGAUACCAAGUCUAGUAGUUCGCAUCAUACUCAGAUCGAGGAGGAACUUCAACCUCCUCAUGGUAGCACGCAAAAACAAUGGACAAGGAUGAUAAAGACAAACAAUGAGGGUAGCCAAACACAUAAAUCCAAACGAGCUUUCUCCUUCUCCAAGUUCAUCGGUUCGACCUUACAAGUGAAAAAUGAAGACAGCAAGGAAUUCGAGCACUCGACUACCGUGCAUGCCUGCGUCCAAACGCCGACAACUCAAUUACGUUCUAAAUGGAUUCGACCAUUUUCAAGUUUUCACUCACUUUUCAAAACCAGAAAGAAGGUGGAUUCAUUACCUGAAAAGGAAAGCACUGUCUUGACGACUGAAUUUGAUCCUCAAAAAGAUGCUAUGUUUUCAUGUUACGACGCCUUCAAAAAUACUGAAAUUCAAACUACUUUGAACUCUUUAAAAGAAUCUAUAGAUUCAAAUCUGCUGCAAAAGUCAACGAUUAGGUACAUUCACUAUAGACAUAAAGAUGGCGUAGGCAAAGCGUUAACGCCAAGCAUUGAGAGCAAUAACAAGGAAAACCGUGAGGUGAUACUGAGAGCAGAAAGCGACAUAAUCACCCUCGGUAAGAUCGCGAACCAGAUGAGUGAGAACGGUCAAGCUUCCCAUGUAUUGGCCUCAAAACAAACAAGAGCUUGUGACACUGAGCUGCUGUCUGAUCGUUUCAGUGCCCAGUCAAUGUCAAUGUCAUUAUAUGAACAAAAGAACUAUAUGGCAGAGAAUGGCACAUCCGUCAAUUGUGCUCCUGGGAUCUACCUCAACUCGGAAUUAGCUAGAUUAUUUAACUGCUUGAGACAGAGAGCUGAUCACGAAAAGAGCAGAUUCUAUGCUGCUUCAGACGCCAAUUCUCAUUCGUUCCCCGAUUUCGAGCAUUCGUCCCAGUUCGGUGAAAACGAAGUCUCGGGCGAAAGUCUUUCUGAAGAAGAUUCCGUUAAUGGUCCUCUUAGCUCCUUCAUUGAAGAACCAAUUCAGGAGUCUUUUCAUUUCUGUGAACACGAACGAUCUCAACUUCGUUCAAGUCUGAGGAAUUCUUACGGUAAGUCCACUGAUCACUGUCAGGCAUAUUAA